CUAUCGCUUCCGCCUUCGACUCUGAAAAAAACAGUUUGCUGUGGAGAAGCGUCCGCCGCCGGUGUCGGUGUCAGAAGCCUCCCUUUCCCUCCUCCUUCCUCCGUCCUAAUCGCCGCCUAAAACUCAGAUUUCUCUCUCUUCUCGGCUGCACGGCGACUCCUGCGACUGUAGUCAAGCGCUCAAACAACUAUAAAAUGAGGUCGAAGAGGAAUCUCAACGCCUCAGACAAGAAAGACGACUUGCAGAAACGGAAGGAGAGUAAUUUGGUUGAAAUUGAGAAGAGGAUUGAAGAAGCGGAAACGAGUUCUGAUGAUUCCCCCUUUGUUUCGGAUUUCGAAGAUAGUGAAAAUGAUGAUGAUGAAACUCUGACUGGGGAUGAAGGCUCAAGUGAUGAAUCUGGAUCCCAAGAAAGUGAUCUCUCUGUCUCAGAGGAUGAGGAUGCUUUUCAAUCCAGUGAUGAUGACGAGGACGAUGAUAAUGCAGUCUCUCCCCACGGUGACAAAGACUCUGUUGAAAACAAUAGCACCGUUAGCAAAGUUGAUGAACAUGAUAGUGGUGGGGUUGAAGACAACACUGGCGGGAGUGAUGAUUCACGUGAAAUAGUUGAGGAGAGUGACUCGUCUGAAGAUGAGGUUGCACCUCGCAAUACUAUUGGAGAUGUUCCUUUGAAAUGGUACAAGGAUGAAGAACAUAUUGGAUAUGAUCUAUCUGGAAAGAAGAUCAAGAAAAAAGAGAAAAAGAGCAAGCUCGAUUCUUUUCUUGCAAGGACUGAUGAUGCAAAGAGUUGGCGUAAGAUAAUAGAUGAGUACAAUGACGAGGAAGUGGAGUUGACAAAAGAAGAGAUCAAUCUCAUCCGGAGAAUGAUGGAUUCAAAGGCACCUCAUGCUGAUUUUGAUCCAUAUCCGUCUUAUAUUGAUUGGUUCACUUGGGAUGGUGCCAAGCAUCCACUAUCAAAUGCACCAGAACCAAAGAGACGUUUCAUUCCUUCUAAGUGGGAUGCUAAAAAGGUUGUCAAGUAUGUCCGGGCCAUCAGGAGUGGCCAGAUUAAGCUUGAUGACAAACCAAAGGAAGAGCCCAAAUUUUAUGAUUUGUGGGGUGAAGCCAGUUCUGCUGAUAGACAGGGAUUGGCAUAUAUUCCUGCUCCAAAACCUAAGCUGCCGGGUCACGAGGAGUCUUACAAUCCCUCUUUAGAAUACAUCCCAACACAAGAAGAAAUUAAUGCUUACCAGCUCAUGUUUGAGGAGGACAGGCCUAAAUUUAUACCAAAACAAUAUACUUCCUUGAGAAGUGUUCCUGCAUAUGAGAAAGCUGUCCAAGAGACGUUCGAUCGAUGUUUGGAUCUUUAUCUAUGUCCAAGAGUUCAUAAGAAACGUAUUAAUAUUGAUCCCGAGUCUUUGAAACCAAAGCUGCCAAGCCCUAAAAAUCUUAAACCGUAUCCAACAACUUGUUAUCUCGAGUACAGAGGUCAUAAGGGCCCAGUGGUGACUAUUUCUGCAGAGGCCACAGGACAGUGGCUUGCUUCUGGUUCAAAAGAUGGGACUCUCCGCAUUUGGGAAGUUGAAACUGGCAGGUGUCUCCAGAUCUGGGAUAUAGGUGAACCUAUCAGCGAGGUUGAAUGGAAUCCCGAGCUUCCUAUAUUAGCUGUAGCAGCGGGCCAAGAUGUGUUCAUUUUGAAAACCAGUUGUGGAAGUGAUGAACAUCAGAAAAAGAUCGAAGAUCUUCUCCAUGUUCAACCGCAGGUGGAGGCUGAUGACUCUGAUACAAAUGAAUCUAUUGUCAACUGGCUUCAGGACGAUACACAUGGAGGAAUCAGACUGAAGCAUUUUAAGACUGUUACUAAAGUGGAAUGGCAUCGUAAAGGAGACUAUCUUUCAACUCUCAUGCCAUCUGGCGAAUCAAGAUCAGUGUUAGUUCACCAACUCUCCAAAAAACUUACACAACGGAUUCCAUUCAAGACAAAAGGAAUUCAUGUUGCAAGUGCUUUCCAUCCUACACGUUCCAUGUUCUUUGCUGCAACAAAAAAGGAUGUCCGCGUCUAUGAUCUAUUGAAGCAAAAACUUGUCAAAAAACUUGAACCCGGUGUCCGUGAAAUUUCUUCCCUCGCUAUCCACCCUGGUGGUGAUAAUGCCAUUGUUGGAAGCAAAGAUGGAAAAUUGUGUUGGUUUGACAUGGACCUUUCAUCCAAACCUUAUAAAGUCCUUAGAUGCCAUGGAAAAGAUAUCACCAGUGUUGCCUACCAUCGGUCCUACCCUUUAUUUGUGUCAAGCUCAGAUGAUUGCACAGCAUACGUUUUCCAUGGAAUGGUGUAUUCGGAUCUUAAUCAAAACCCACUGAUAGUUCCCCUGGAGAUUCUUCGAGGGCAUUCCAGUUUUGAUGGAAGAGGAGUUAUGGACUGUAAGUUCCAUCCAAGGCAACCUUGGCUGUUCACUGCCGGCGCAGAUUCCUUGAUUAAGCUCUAUUGCCAUUAGCUCUUCAUAGACCAUUCAUACCCUAGGCUAAGCUCCCUUCACACCUCUCUUGAGGUUGAGGACAAGUUUUGAUUUGAGGUUGUAUGUUUGACGGUUAUUAACUCCAGAUUGUAGCAUUUUGAUAUAUUGGCAUCUAAAGAAGUUACUUAUAUAGCAAUUAAUUAUGUCGAUUGUA